GUGGAGAUGGGUGAUGUGGUGAAUGGUCUUCUCCGGCUUGUUCUCCCUGUCCAUGAUCUCACACCCUAAGUUGUCAUCUCCCCUGCUUCUGUGGACAUUAAUAUGAGACUCUCAGCUCCAGAGGUGGCAAGCAAGUCAACGGAGCUCCAUUAUCAAAGAUGCCAUGGACUCCAUGGGAGAGACGCAAGUCAAAGAAAGUCGUCGCUAAACGUGAUCACAAAGGCUCUGCUCGCUGCAACUCUGUCAGCUGCUACAGCACAAAGUCAAUGUAUCGCUUCCUCUGCGUUUGACUAUGACUUGAGACCACGGAAUAAUAUCAGUGUCUUAAAACGAUACGUUACAAUCAUUAUUAAAGAUCAUAACGGUUUCGGAGCGCGCGCUACAGAUGAUAAUAACGGGCUUUUAUAACCAUUGGGCAACGAACUUCGCCAAGCAUGUCCGUUCCAAUGCCUCCGGGGCUUCGAAUCGGCUCGCUUCGAAGAACCCUAAUCUCGUUUGAAGCCCCUAAACCCCAUCCCGACCGCUUCUGCCCCCUUUCUUCUUCCUCCCAAUCCUCUUCUUGCUCUAGUCGAUCUCUUCUAAGCGGCUUCAUCCGCGCCACCCUUCCUUCCCGCAGAUCGCUGUCCUCCUCUUCUCAGGUGCCACGGCGUCCCCACACGAGCAGAAUGAGCCCAACGCCUCGCCUUCGUCGUGUCGAUCCAUGUGUGGUCUCUGAGAUCGUUGCAUUGAUCAGCGGAGACUCAGAUGAUCUGGAGUCGAAGUUGCGCCUCCUGAAUCUGAGCCCUUCGCAUGCCCUUGUUUCGGAGACUCUUCGCGUGUUGAACGAUCGUGGCGUCUCGGCAUUGCGGUUUUUCGGCUGGGUUUUGGGUUCUUACCCCGAUUUCAGGCCUAAUUCUGAAGCCUACAAUCUGAUUGUAUUGAACCUCGGCCUCUUCGACGAUUAUAGCACCAUGCAUCGCGUGUUCCAUGAGAUAUCCUCGAAGGGGCAUUGCUUAACAGGAAAGGCCUUCUCUUUUCUUGCGGCUCGCGGCGCUGAUGUGAUCAAGGAUUCUGUCAGAGAACUCGUUGUGUUGCUAAGUAGAGUCGGCGGAUCUUGCCGAGGAUCGGGAAUCUUUUCGUUGAUCAAAUUGCUUUGCUCUAUGAAUGCCUUUGAUCUUGCUAUCUCGGUGAUGGAGGAGACGGCGAGGAGGACUUCAUAUUACAAUGUGCUUAUCGCUGCAAAGUGCAGGAACCUUGACUUUCAAGGCGCACGUGAUGUGUUCGACAAAAUGCGAAGGUUUGGUUGUGACCCGAACACGAAAUCGUACAAUUAUUUGCUUGGGAGCCUCUUUAAGAACAAGAGAGUUGUUGAAGCAUGCGAGUUGCUCCAAGCAAUGGAAGACUUGGGAUACCUUCCGGAUUCGGUAACUUUUGAGGUCAUUCUGGUUCAUGCGUGUAAGGCUAACAGGAUGAGUUUUGCCAUCAAGUUUGUCGAUCAGAUGUUGUCUGAAGGGUCUAAGCCAAGCCUAUCAACACAUGCGGCAUUCAUAAAAGGAUACUUCUGGUCAGGGCACGCGGAAGACGCUUACCAGUAUGUGGUGGAUAUGAGCAUGAAAGAUAAAUGUUCGGUCAAUAUGAAUUUUAGCUUACUUGCCAAACUUUACUGUGUGUCGGGAAGGAUAGAAGAGGCAGGCAUAAUUCUUUAUGAGAUGAUGGGUGAGGGCUUAAAACCCAAUUUUCCUGUUUAUAUGAGAGUGAUGAAGGAUCUCCAUAAAAUAUCGAGGGGAGAUUUGGCAUUAGAACUUAAAACCAAGUUUCAACAAUUCAGCUUACGUACAGAUGGCAGAUGAUCUUAUUCUCAAUAUGAGCUAUGUGGCAAUAUCAAUCUCAGUUCAUAAGUUCAGAGAAUUCUCAGCAAUUUUGUUCAUGAGUUUAGCUGGGAAGACUGGUUCUAUGAAAUUUGUAACUCUGAAUGGAGGUCUCAUCCUAGAACACAUCUUAACUCCUGGAGCACAUCUUAAUUUCUCUUCAGAACACCUUGGUCAUGGCCAUCUUGGAUUGGAUCACCUCAGUUCCUCUUCAUUCAGCUACCUCGGCCUGAUGGCUGCCUCGGUCAUAAUCAUUUUGGUAAUCUUUUGGCCCCCUGAUGGAAAACCAACGUACAAGACUGCAUUGCGCCUGUGUUCGAAGUCUCCACAGCGCUAUAUCGGUUGUCAGCACUUGGUCUUUCUCCUGUCCUUGUUGGGAAUUUUCCUUAGAUUUUACAUUUAAGUGGAUCCCAUAUUAUCACUCUAAUCACAAGAGAGAGUUUAUCAUCCAAAGGUUCCUUGGUGCACUUGAAUGGGUGCAUACUUCCAAAAACGUAUCCACUAAUGUAACAGAAAAAAUUGUCGGGGGACAGUGAAGAGCCAUCAUCUUUCCUUUGUACCUGAUGUAAUCUUCCCAGAGAAGGUAAAUAAAUCUUCAGGGACAGGGUUUCUCAUCUUACCCACCAAGCUGGAGUAGAUCUCAAGAGGAGCAGAACGAGCACAUGCAGUUGGAUAUAGGCAAGAAAAGUUCUGGUAGAGUCACACUGAGGUGGGGCUAUUCUUCUCAUCCACAAUAUGCUGGUCUCCAACACAUGAGCAUCAUUCAGCUGCCAUUGUCCGACCUGCCAAACAAAAACAGAGUGAAUGUGGAUUGCUCUCAAGAUUCUUGACCGGGGCACAGCUUUUUUGGCCCCUCUCAAAUCCUUCCUUGUUUGUAGAGAGAGAGAAUACACUGACGAGUAGCAUUUUGGCUCUCC